AUGAAAGAAUACACUACAGGAAUAUCGAUAAAUGGGAAACAGUUUCACUCCAUCCGCUUUGCAGAUGAUAUAGCUCUCCUAGCUGACAGCAAAGAAGAAAUGAGUAUGAUGCUGCAUAUACUUGAAUCAUCUCUAGAUAACGAAGUUAUAUCUACGAAGGAAAUAAGAAGACGAAUUACAUUAGCAAAAUACGCUUUUGAGAAAAAAAGGACACUUCUUACCAAUAAACAUCUAAGUAUAAGAUCAAGAAAGAAAUUCGUAAAAACAUACGUUUGGAGUAUAUUACUAUAUGGUUGUGAAUCUUGGACAAUAGGAAAGUAUGAAAAAAAUAGACUAGAGGCUAUGGAAAUGUGGAUGUGGAGGAAAAUGACUAGAACAAGCUGGAUAGAACAUAAGACGAAUGAAGAAGUGCUGAACGAGAUAAAUGAAGAAAGAACAAUAAUGAAAAGAACAAUAAAGCUAAUUGGACAUCUACUUAGAAAUAAUGAGUUUAUUACUAUCAUUGUGGAAGGAAAAAUAGAGGGAAAAAGAUCCUUUGAAGAAAUCUUCAGACGAAUGGGUGUUACCUCUUACCAAAAUCUCAAGAGGACAGCAUCUGACAGACAUGUAUGA